AUGGCGUUAAUCGCAUAUGAUUUCAAGCGCAAGACAAAGCAUAUGUUCGGGGAUACUGAACUUGGGUACACGGCUAUCGACUCAGCCAAGGAGACGAAGAAGUGUCAAGCGUUGGUUCGCAAAGGCUUGUUGGGACCUGAGCUGGCUCUUAGUUUCCAACCGUUCUGGCGAAGAUAUCUAUAUUCAUUCUUCAUGGAGGUCGUUCUGCCAAAGCUUUUUACAACGAUUCCGGGGCUGGUCUUCGUGAUUGAGAGGGAUUUUGUUCUUAGCUCUAACUACAAUGGACAUUUCAUGGGUUCAAUUACAAGUGAUAUUAUGUAA